AUGAGAUCCACAGCCAGAAGAUCAGAUUAAGUGAUAACCAGUCAGUAUGUAACUCCUCAAGGGAUUUGCGAUCCAGAACAAGCCAAAGCCAUAGCAAAGAAACUCUUUGAUUUGUACGAUAGAGACAGAAAUGGCAUCAUUGAUGGUCCAGAAGUUUCCCCAAUGUUGGUAGACGCUUACAGAGGAAUGAGCAAGGCCUUCAAUCCAACACAAGCAGAUGUAGAUACUUUCGUCUAGGUUUUGGAUGUCAACAGAGACGGCAAGAUCACCUAUUAGGAUGUGGAGAAUUAUGCUUUGCGCAUACUUGCUGGUAUCCAACCACUACCCUCUUACAGUAUCCAAUUACCACCCUAGAGACAAUAUAAUAGAAUGGUUGAAGAGAGAUUGGAAGUCGCCAGAAGAUUAUUUAAGAAAUUUGAUGUCACUCAAUGUGGUUUCUUGACUAGAAACGAAGUUCCAGGGUUGUUGAGGGAAACCUAUAAGCAAUUGAAUAUUGAGUUUGAACCAACACCUCAAGAUGUCCAAGCUUGGAUGGACAUGACCGAUACAGAUUGCGAUGGCAAAGUAGCUUUACAAGAUUUCGAGUAAUCAAUUAUUAGGUCUUUGUAAGAAUAGGGCAUAUCCCUUUAUUGA